AUGGCAAUUCACCACUGCAUGGUCGACGGUGUUGGCGCAAUUAAUUUCAUGAACUCAUGGGCUGAGUUAGCAAGGGGCAAAUCAUUAUCCCUUAUCCCUUAUCAUGAUAGAACCAUUUUGAAGUCAAGGGUGCCACCUCAGAUCAGAGGUCCUUAUGACGACUUUGUUCGCGUGAGUGACGUAUCAGACAUCACGGCCUCAUUUGAGAGAGAGCAAAUCGUAUAUAAAUCUUUCCACUUUGACGCUGACAAGCUGGAGACCCUAAAGAAGAUGAUAACCACCGGUGGACAGGAAAUGAGCAGCUGCUCCAACUUUGUCGCGCUCGCGGCUUUAGUAUGGCGGGCUCGAAGCAUGGCACUCAAGAUGAAACCGCACCAACUAUCGAAACUUCUCAUAGCGUUCGAUUUCCGAUUGAAGCUAAGAACAUCGGUGCCCGAAGGAUAUUUUGGGAAUGCCUUACUCGCACCUUCCUGUCUUUGCACAGCCGGAGAGUUGAUCGACCAGCCGAUCUCUUCCGCUACGGGAAAAAUAAAUAAGGCAAUCGAGAGGGUGACUGAGGACUACGUGCGGUCAUCAAUCGACUUCUUCGACAUGUAUCAUUAUGAUCCUUACUCAGUGAGCUCACUGUUGAUAAGUUCAUGGUUGAGGCUGGAUUAUAGCUGCAUAGACUUCGGAUGGGGAGGGCCAAGGCAGCUCGGCACCGGCAACCCGCCAUUGAAUCUCUGCUUGUUUAUGAGGGACGAGUAA